AACUGUUUCUCGGAAGUAUUUUGGCUGCCCUGCAUUACGUUGGUAAUGGUAAAGUAAAAUCAAAGUAAAAUAUGGCGGUGAAAGCGGGCGAGCAAAGUAGUUGCCGUCUGUUGCGUUCGAUGAGUGCGAACACUUGAAUUUGGGAUUUGAGAGCAGUUGAAGUUGUAGUAUCAGAUGCAUUGAGCUUGUUCGAAGAGAAUUUUUUUCGCCGGACCGAAUGCUUUGAAAGUUUUAUUUUAUAUGAGAAGAGAUAAUUUAUAAUGACUGCCGUCAUGUCGAAAAAGAAAAUUAGCCAGGAUGAUCUUCGACGUAUCAUGAAUGAACAGAAGCGCAAGUUAUCAGAAGCACCCAAAAAAAUUGAGUCACCUCUAGCCAAAUAUUCUGCCAAGGGAGAACUUACAUGCAUAGUAUGUGAUUCUGUGGUACGCAGUGAAGCAGUAUGGACUGUACAUAUAAACAGCAAACAACACCGGGAAAAUAUUGCUAAACUUAAAAGGAAAAGAGAGCCUGAGCCACCUGCUCCAGUUCCCCCCGUUACAUUCAAAAGGCCAGCUCCAGAGCCUCCACCAGUUCCUCCGAAAAAGAUAAAAGGUAUAUUGAAAAAUGCUCCUCAAAGCAUUCCAGAAAAUUCUAAGAGCUCCAAGAUUGUAAUAGUAGAGAAUGGCAGUGAAUUGAAGCAAAACAGCAGCAAUGCUCUUGAACAAUUAGCAGCAGAGAGUAGUGAAUCAGAAGAUGAAAUAGAAGAUCCAAGUCAAUUAGAAGAAAGUGAAAAAACACCUGGGAAAACUGAAAAGUCUGAGGACAAAAGGAUAGUCUCACAAGAUGAAGUUCUGCCUGAAGGAUUCUUUGAUGAUCCUUUGCUUGAUGCUAAGGCAAGAAAUGUUGAGUACAAAGAUCCUAUUGAAGAAGAAUGGGAAAAAUUUCAAAAAGAAAUUAAAGAAGAAACUUCGGUGUCUGCUCAAAUAAUUUCUGAGGAUCAAGAGGAGGCUACUGCAGAAAGACAAAUUGAUGAAAUUGAUGAACAAAUGAGAAACUGGACAAGGGUAAUUCAUUUGGAGAAGAAGAAGGAAGAAGUUGUUCAAGUAGUGAGUGGUCGGAAUGCUGGUGGUGAUGAUGAACAACUUUCGAGUGCAGAUGAGGCAGAGUUUGAAGAAUACUUGGACUGGCGAUCAAAAAAGUCUUACAAGUGACCACUACUUCUUUUUUGUUACUGUCAUCAUUUUUUAUUCUAUGGUGAAGAGAACCAGUCGAAUAAUUUAAAUUAUGUCAAUAUCAGAAGGGUAUGUUGGUAUACAUGAUGUUUGUUGAAGAAAAAAACAAUUGUCAGAGAGAAUUUUUAUUAAAAGUAAUGUGAUACAAUGUACAUAUUGUACAAAUAAUUAUAGUAA